GCGAAAGUAUAUUGUGUCAGUUAGUUAAGUGCGAAUGAAAAGACAUUAAUAUAAUUAUGUUGAGUUUCUGUUUAUAAAUUGGAAUGCGAACCAGUGUUUCUUAUCUUUACAGUGUAGCGUGGACAAACUAUGGACGUGGAAUCAUCUAGUGACUAUUUGGAUCAGAUUCCAAACACUUGUGAUGACAUUUGGUCUGAAAGAAAUUUGAUAAAGAAUCCAGAUGCAUCCAUAGGAAUGAUGGAAUGGGAAGUAGUCGGAAAUGGUGGGGAUGGCUGGAGUGUGGAGACCGAGCCAAUUGGCUCCGACCCUGUCUCAGACUUCAACAAUGAAUGCAAAGGUUCGGUCGGAUGCUGGGCAACCUCAUACAGAGAAUGUGCCAAGUACCAGGUGGUGGACCUAAUGGCCGCAGGCUGCUGUAAAUAUGUAUUGGACCACGUCCGGCCAGCUAUACAUGUGUCCGAGUGGUAUUCUGCUCGGCGUGACUGUGGGGCAGUGUACAAGAUGACGGUAGUACUCAUGCCAGAAAAGACUGAGGAGUUUUGGACAGCUUCUACAGAAAAUACAAACACCACAUACUCUUUCGAUGACACUUUACUCGCUGGCAGUGGAGACUGGUUCCAGGCCAAGUAUACGUUCAAGGAUUACCCCAUGGGUAUACGGUAUGUGGGUUUCUACCACAAUGGCAAAGACACGAAAUUCUGGGCAGGGAAUUUUGGCGCCAAAAUGACCCUCGCAUCGGUGAUAUUGGACUUCAAACAUGUUGCUGGUCCGGCAGAGAGCAGAGAUAUUGAUGUCUAGAAUAAAGAAGAAAGGGAAUUCGUUUUGUUUUCUAUCAUAGUUUAGUCUGAAUAUUGAGUCAAUAGUUAUGUGACAGUAGUUUAGUGUGGACCACGGGAUUUUUGCAAAACAUUAAAAUAAUACCAGCUGAAAUUAAACAUCUUAGAAUUCUGAUAACAGCCCAACUAAUUAAUAUUCAAAGUUUAUAAAGCCCGGAAAACAUUUAACCAGGGCAGGGCUUGUGUGCUGUGCUAAAUUCGACCUCUGGAAAGUUUAAAGCACCACUAAUACAACUAUUUGAGGUUAUGUAAUGUGGUCUUCAACUAGAGUGGUAUAUCAAUAAUUUUAGAACAGCAUACAUCAAAUAUUACUUGCAGUUUUUAUUCUGUUAUUUGAGUAUGUAUGGGGAUGAAUGAGCAUUAUUUUGUCAAAUAGAAUGAAUCAAACAUUUAUGAUACAUAUUUGAUUUUCAUUCAUAAAUAUUGCAAAUGCAGUCAAGUGAAAGAACAAAGAUGUAAACAGCACCAAUGAUGCUACAACAACAACAACAACAACAACAACACUGACCUUUAUUGGAUAUAACGGCGAUUUUUAUAUCACAACAACCAAGAAAACAGUAUCAGCUGACAUGGCGAGGAAUCCAAAUGAGAUUUUGGAAAAUUGUGGUUUUCAACGCAAUAUGUUUUAAAACAAGUAUAGUCAGUCUAACAGUCUACGGAGAGUUAUAAAUGAAUAAUUAAACUAUUAAAUUGAAAAAAGAGGACAGCGGUAUAUCAUAUACUCAGCACAUUUUGGAAAUAUUGGAAAACAUACCGUUGUCUUUAAGACAUACUGAAAUCAAAAUUGAUUUUCAACAUACAAUAAACAAUUGUCUUUGUUAUCAAUGGUAGUUGCUCUUUUUUAAACUCCACGUCGUUGAUUUUAUGUAAAAUAUAUUUCAUGAAAACAAUUAGAAAAUUGCAAAUGAUACUGUACGUGUUAUAACUCUCAAAAUGGCGUUGAAUGGCUGAAUUUUACCUUUUAUGAGUUGGCACUGUUUCAUUCGUUUGCAAGUUAUGCCUGUGUCUGAAAUUACUUCAUCUAUUUAUGUUAGUUUUACUUUAUUCUUCAUUGCCUCAAGUUGAUGUUGGCUUAUUAAUUUUGUAAUUUUUGAUAAAAGUUGGGACAAGUAAGAGGUUAUGUGCAUAUAAACUAGUUCAAGCAGCAGUUAACGUGUGUUCAACUCGUGUUUCACUGACCGUUUAUAGGGGGUAGUCCCUACAUUUAUUGACAACACUAUUUUCAUGCGUGCGUGGUCUCGGGUAAGGGUACGUUUGUGUUCCUCGCUUAGUGUCGUUUAGGCCCUUACUUUUCCCCUCUAAACGAGAUUUCAUUCCUUUGGUUAAAAACGAGGGUUGUCCAAACACAAUUGCGUAUGGUUAUGUCGUCGUACCAUACUUCUUUUCCCAAUUCCUUUUAAAGUAUUUUUCGUUUGCUGCGACUUCGGUCCAUUCUAAUUCUGAAGAUGGUGUUAAUGUUGUUUGAAGUGUAUAUCAUAUCAAAGCUUGAUGUGUUUUUUUAAAUAAAAAAAAAUACAACAACAAAAAACUGUGUUAUUUCUGCUGUCAAUGUUUAAUUACCAUAAUGAACAUCAUCUGUAUCAAUUGAACAUUUGUACUUGAAAAAUUCUUAAAAUUAUGAUUAAAAUUAUCAUGAACCAAAAGAGCAUCUCUUACCACCUGUAUAUUUGUUCUUCUCUGCGAUUAUAAUAAAACCUAUUAUUUCUAAAAUCAAUGAUAACUGUGUAUUGUAAUGAUGACAUGA